GGCCUAAUCCAGAAAAACCGACAGAUAAAUCAUAUUGUCCCCCCCCCCUUCAAACUCUAAAGUCAGAACUCAGGUAGAGAAAAAGAGAAUCAGCUCAGACUUCGAUCAUCACCUUUAGGAUUUCUAAAUUUCGUAAUCAGAUUCUUCAGAUUAGGUUUUCAGUGCGUGGAACUCGUUUGACCUUUCCGUCAGCUAAGUUUCAUGUCUGAUCUUGACAUCCUAAUUCCUACUGCCUUUGAUCCGUUUGCUGAUGCAAAUGCUGAGGACUCUGGUGCUGGUACCAAGGAGUACGUGCACAUUCGUAUCCAACAACGGAAUGGUAGGAAAAGCUUGACUACUGUCCAAGGGUUGAAGAAAGAAUUCAGCUAUAACAAAAUUCUCAAGGACCUCAAGAAGGAGUUCUGUUGCAAUGGCAUUGUUGUCCAGGACCUUGAGUUAGGGCAGGUUAUUCAACUUCAAGGUGAUCAAAGGAAGAACGUCUCCACUUUUCUUGUUCAGGCUGGUAUUGUGAAGAAGGACAACAUCAAAAUCCAUGGUUUUUAAGUUGCAGGUUCCGAGUUUUCUGGGAAUCUAGCUCCUACGUUUGAUAGCUGAAAAUCCUACCUGUAGCUGAAAAUCCUACCUACUGAUGAACUUAUUUUGCUAUAAGUAUCCCCAUGUUGAUUUGAUUGUUGUAUUGUUCUACUGUUGGCCCCUGUGAUGUUGAAUGCCAAUGGAACUAUUAUCCUCUGUUUCUAGCA